ACAAAUUUAAUUAUAAUCCAGAAUGAAGAUAACAAGGUACAAAAAAGUUCAAAGAUACAUGAAAUUCUAUUACAACAAUUUUGGUUUCCACCAGCCUUACCAGAUUUUGGUGGACGGCACAUUUUGUUUUACUGCUUUCAAAGAACAAAUCAAUAUUAGAGAACAAAUACCAAAAUAUCUCAAUAGUCAAGUAAAGUUACUUACGACUAGAUGUAUUAUUAUUGAAACUGAAAAAAUUGCCAAGAAAACACAUGGAGCUCUAACAAUAUUAAAGCAGUAUGGUAUUCAUGAAUGUGGCCAUACAGAGCCUGUCAGUGGUGCAAAAUGCAUUUUGUCUAUGAUCGGUAAGACCAAUGAGAGACACUACAUAUUAGCAUCUCAGGACAGAGAUUUACAAGAAAAACUUCGAGCACGAGCUGGUGUUCCACUCCUUUAUUUCCACAACAAGUCACCAACACUUGAUAAACCCUCGCGAGCAAGCUACGACAAUGCUGGCCAAUCAUUAGAGACGCAAAACAUAUUUAUCAGUGAAACACAAAAUGAGACAUUGAAAUGUAUGAAAAAAGCACUAGGGGUUGAAGAAAAAGUGGAAGAAACUAAAAUUCCAGUGAAAAAGAGAAAAGCUCAUAACCCCAAUCCCUUAUCCUGUAAAAAGAAGAAGAAAAAGCCAGGGCAACAUGUAGGUGUCAAGAAAGACAGCGACACUGGUAGUGGUAAAGUUAGAAAAAGAAACAAGAAGAAGUUACCUAAGCAUAUAAAGGAGCAUUUAAAAAUGUCAGCUUCAUGUUAAGGAUUUCUUGCAAAUAAAUUUUUUAUUAAAUACUAUUAAAAGGUCUUUGAUUCAUAGAGAGUAUCCGUGGAGUAAGCUGAAAUCAGUACAUAUAAAGAAGACUUAUAGACUUAACAUUAACCUGAAAUAGGAAAUAUUACUAAAAAACAUGAGUUUGAAAGUGGAUGGAGGGAUACAGUUGAAGAGGACCUAAGAUGAGAUGGAUGGACUGUGUGAAAGAAAAUAUGAAUUAUUAUGAGCACAAUUAAAAUUAAACCUUAGGUAAAUAACAGGACAUAUUUAUCUUUUAUUAGUUUCUACCUGCGAUUUUGUCUGCUUAACUAUAUCUUUCUCCAUCACAUAGAGAAUGUGUUUGCCAACUUUCAUAAUGAUUAGUUAAGCUGUUAAAACAAUAUAAGGUAACAAAUAAUUACAUUUAUAAUAUUAAUAAGUAUUAACCUUGUAAAGUCUUCCGAAAUACUUGUAUGCUGUUUUCCUGACUGAAAAGUGAGAUAUGACAAUAAAAGAAUUGCAAUGUAUAAAAGAUAUCAUGGAA